CAGUCCACUGCUGAACACAUGCAUUCAAUGGAGGGACUCAGUUCCAGAUUCUCAACUCCCCGCAGUGCCAUGAAGAUGAAUAAGAAGCGAGCCUUGUCCAUCUCGCCCCUCUCUGACAGCAGCAUUGACCUUCAGACCAUGAUCAGGACAUCGCCCAGCUCCCUGGUUGCCUUCAUCAACAACUCUCACUGUGGCUCCACAACAAGCGGGUCCUAUGGACAUUUGUCCAUCACAGGGAUCAGCCCAACUUGUGGAUUUCCUCAUUCUGCAACGGCAACCUCCAAACACCAGCAGUUCCUUCUUCAGCCAAAAGGGGUGGCCACUACAUUUGGUAACACGCAGCCUCUCAGUCACCCUGCACUACCAUGCAGCUCUCGGCAGCACCAGCCCAGCGGAGCCUCGCUACUGCCACUUUCACACCCAGAGAGGACCUCCAAGCCCUUCCAGAUGAAAGCAGAGUCAUCAAUCAGCAGUACAAUGGAUCUACUCAAUGGGAAAUGUCUGGAGGAUAAGUCCGAGGGAGACGUCUCCAGUCCUGCCUCUACAGGCACGCAGGAUCACUUGUUGGGAAUGAUGGAUGGAAGGGAAGAUGGAGAUAAGGAAGAUGGCAAGCAGGAGCCAGAAAGCAUCUAUGAGACUAACUGUCACUGGGAAGGAUGCAGUAAAGAGUUUGAUACUCAAGAUCAGCUUGUGCACCACAUUAAUAAUGAGCACAUUCAUGGAGAGAAGAAGGAGUUUGUCUGCCAUUGGCAGGAAUGUUCAAGAGAGCAGAGACCGUUUAAGGCCCAAUACAUGUUGGUGGUUCACAUGAGGCGACACACAGGAGAGAAGCCACAUAAAUGUACAUUUGAAGGUUGCAAUAAGGCCUACUCCAGGCUAGAGAAUCUGAAAACCCACUUGCGGUCCCACACUGGAGAGAAACCUUACGUCUGUGAGCAUGAGGGCUGCAAUAAGGCAUUCUCUAAUGCUUCAGAUAGAGCCAAGCACCAAAACAGGACUCAUUCCAAUGAGAAACCAUAUGUUUGUAAGAUUCCAUGCUGCACCAAGCGAUACACAGACCCCAGCUCAUUAAGGAAGCAUGUUAAGACCGUGCAUGGCCCCGAGGCACAUGUGACCAAAAAGCAACGCGGUGAUGUUAAUGUGAGGGCUUCCACAACACAAGAUGGAAUAAGGCCUUUGCUGGGACAGGAUGGAGAAAUCCAACAUGAGGAGGGGCGCGGUACUGCCACCAGGAAGAUGGAAGAUUUCAUGCAGGGAAAGUUAAUGGUGCCAGACACCACCAGGAAGUCCCAGACCAGCCCUGGAGGUCGAUCAUCGAGUAGCAGUGAGAGGUCGUUUCAGGGAAGCACCAACAACAACGAUAGUGGAGUGGAGAUGAACGCCAACGGCGGCGGAAGCUUCGAAGACCUGACGAGCAUUGAAGACAUGCCCUCCGUGGAUUCCACGGUUCACUUGGGCACGGCGGAAGCUGGGCUGCGCAGGAACACCACGGCGCUGCAGCGGCUGGCCAACCUGAAGAUUGGGAAGCUCAAGCAGAUACGCAAGCCCACGCCACCCUCAUGGGGGGUGAAACUGCCCAUGAUACAGGGCAUCGCUUUGCCCGGAGAAGUCCCCGCCUGUGGAUCCUCGGUACUGCCGUGUCACCGCCCUGCCGAACUGUCGGCCAGAGAUCCCGCAGCAAGGAACCAGCUCGCCGAGCGCCGCAACAGCACCACCAGCACCGUCAGCUCGGCGUACACCGUCAGCCGGAGGUCGUCGGCCAUCUCUCCUUACCUGUCCAGCCGGAGGUCCAGUGAAGUCUCCCUGGUGGGGGGCCACGGCAACAACAGCGGCUCCGGCGACCCCACCUCACCCGACUCCUUGCAGAGGUGCGGCGAGGCGGCGCUCCCGGGACUACCCACCCUCUCCCCGGCACAGCAGUACCGCCUCAAAGCCAAGUACGCCGCGGCCACUGGGGGUCCGCCACCCACGCCCUUAUCAAACCCGGACCAGGUGGGCACCGACGCCAGCUCGCCCUUUCAGAGCGAGCUGUACUACCCCGCCGGGCCCGCCUUCCCACCUCAAGCUCCGCACUGUGGAGACGGCGGCGGUUUCCAUGGCUACGGGCCGGGCGCGCUCAGACCCCAGAACGUGCCCGGGAUCAGCGCGAGGCGAGCUAGCGACCCGGUGCGGACGGCCGCGCACGCGCAGUCGGCGCCAAGGGUGCAGCGCUUCAACAGCCUGAGUAACGUCAGCCCUGCGGCAGCGGCGAGGAGGCACUGCAACCCGCAGCAGCUUGUGGGCUCCGAAACAAACCUCCACAGACACAUCUACUCCCCGCGGCCGCCAAGUAUCACUGAAAACGUCCUGAUGGAGGCCGUCGCCAUGGAAACGUCCAAUCAAGCCAACCUGGGGCUUGCUGGUGACAUGGCGCCGUACCAGAGUUAUCAGGAAGCCAGUGUGCCUUCCUUAAACGAUCAAGUUUGCAACACACAAACAGCGGAGCUUCACAGUCCUGUGGGAAUGCACAACCAACAUCUCUACGGCAACGCCAGUAGAAAUGCGGGUAACAUGCAGGCUGGCUUCGAGAUGGGCAGUGAUAUGGCACAGCAACAGUACACUGUCAGUCAGUGUCGGAUGAGUGAGUGCGCUGCACAGUUCCAGAACCAGGGACAGGGAUGUUCUCAUGAGAGCAACAUGCCAGUUCAGUGGAAUGAAGUUAGCUCAGGGAGCAUGGAUAUCCCCUCCAUUGAAAUCGCGAACCACCACAGCAUUGAUUCAAGCCCAGCCCAACUUAGUCAGUGCCUUAAACGGGUCAAUCAGAGUCCACAUUCUUCCCAGCACUCUAAUAACUUUAUCCAGCAAAACGUGAACGUGACUCACAAUCCCCUGAGCCAGCAGAGUGUGUUUAGUCAUGACCAGAGGACACACCCUGGAUAUCAGCAGAUUAAACCAGAGCAUCAGUUGCACCAGUCAGUGCCAACAUUAAACCCCUGCCAAAGCAUGAAACAGGCAAUAGCAACCAGGCAAGACUUCAACCUACCUAAACAAACGAUGCCCAGCACCGAGGAGAUGAGCCGUGACUGCCAGCAACAAAUGGAAUGCUCGCCACAUUCCUGCUUUGAUGCGGCCGGGAACUCGGGAAUGCGGGAGGGAAGAUGGAGCAGAGCCCACACACCGAUGAUGCAAGUCAAGGAGAUGAUGGUGAGAAACUACAUCCAGUCACAGCAGGCCCUCAUGUGGGGCGAACUGCAACACAGUGAGAGUGCCACGCCGCCACUGGACGUCAGCGUUGGUAGUCCAACCCAGGCCAUGCGUAGCCCUCCUUCUCACAGCUUCAGGACCCAGAGUCAGCCGUACACAGUGUACAGAGAUUGCCAAAGUCAGCCAUCCUCUCAAGAAAGUCAAAUCCAGCCAAAGACAUUGAUGAACCCAGGUGGUCAGUGCUACAGUCUGAGGAUGGUACCCCGCCCUCCUUCAGCUCAAAAGCUUCCAAGGAGACAAAUGGCUCAGAAGGAGUACCUGUCGCAUGUAAGCCCUGUCCACAAGCCAGAAAGACCGAUCAAUCUUCCACCAAUACAGUGUCAACUGGAGUCACCAGAAGAUGGGAGCUUAUUGUUUUACUCUAGCCAGAUGCAAACCCAGCAAGGAAGGCCCCAGUUAAGGAGGCAGAUGGCAAACUCAAUGCAGGUGCAUUCAUCACAAAGCAACUGUGCACUUCAGCAGCAGAUGAUGCUGAGCAUGGACCCCACAAAGCUCGACUCAUCCAUUUAUGCAGAGGCCAAUCAAAUGUCGAAUUGCAUAGACUCCUUGGAUCUUGAGCAUUCUCAGAUGGACUUUGGAGCAAUUAUGGACGAUGGAGGAAACCCGUCCCUGACACCAGCCACCUUGAGUCCGAACAUCAUUCCGAACAUUUCCCAAACGUCUUCUUGCCUAACAACUCCCUGCAAUCCCUUCACAUUGCAAACAGGAAUGUCCAAUAUGGCAAUCAGUGACAUGAGUUCAGUGUUGACGACAUUGGCAGGGGAAAGCAAGUUUCUCAAUACCAUGCCGUAAUGAAGCAACCAUUAGAAUGGUCCCUGCUGAUGAAA